GUGUGCACGAAAGUACACAGUGACCGGAACAGCGGCGCUCCUGUCGUGCGGGUGUGGACGUGCCACGGAGGUGCUCCCACAGAGGCGCAGAACCUUUGGACUAUUUCUAUCAGCACACGAGGGAUGCAGCAAUUCACUGAUUAAAAAAAAAAAAAUACACACAAAAAACUGUCCCCAGCCUUUUCUGCUUCUUCCCCUCUGAAGCUACAAUUUGGGAACAGGUUGUGGGGAUAUCUUUGUGGAUAGGUGAAGCUGGAUUAGAACCAAGUUUCCUGCUCUGAUGGGUCCAGUGGAAUUUCUAUGCUAAACAUAUAUGUCCUCAAGAUAGCACCAUGGAAGUUACUCCCCGAGGGGAUCCAGCUGCCAAAAGGGGGGAAAAAUUCAAGAGCUGCUCUUAAAAGAAGUUGCCCUUGCUGGUGCUCGGGGUAAAAAUAGAGGCGGCCGCUCGGAGUGGCUUGGCCCGGACUCCAGCACCGCGAGCCGGGCUCGAGCCGCGGCCGCGUUCCGGCGUGAUCCCCGGGAGCUGCCAGCAGGUGUUGCUCAAGAGAAUUUGCUGAAGAGGAGAAGAAAAAAAAAAAAAAAGAAAAAAAAGAAAGGAAAAAAAAAAAAAAACCUGUGCGUGAGGGGGGAGGAAAAGCAGGGCCUUUUAAAAAAAGGCAAUCACAACAACUUUUGCUGCCAGGAUGCCCUUGCUUUGGCUGAGAGGAUUUCUGUUGGCGAGUUGCUGGAUUAUAGUGAGGAGUUCCCCCACCCCAGGAUCCGAGGGGCACGGCGCAGCCCCCGACUGCCCGUCCUGUGCGCUGGCCACCCUCCCAAAGGAUGUACCCAACUCUCAGCCGGAGAUGGUGGAGGCCGUCAAGAAGCACAUUUUAAACAUGCUGCACUUGAAGAAGAGACCCGAAGUCACCCAGCCGGUGCCCAAGGCGGCGCUUCUGAACGCUAUCCGAAAGCUUCAUGUGGGCAAAGUGGGGGAGAACGGGUACGUAGAGAUAGAGGAUGACAUCGGCAGGAGGGCAGAAAUGAAUGAACUCAUGGAGCAGACCUCGGAGAUCAUCACGUUCGCAGAAGCAGGCACUGCCAGGAAAACGCUGCACUUUGAGAUUUCCAAAGAAGGCAGUGACCUGUCGGUGGUGGAGCGGGCCGAAGUCUGGCUCUUCCUCAAAGUCCCCAAGGCCAAUAGGACCAGGACCAAAGUCACCAUCCAGCUCUUGCAGAAGCAGCCCCAGGGCAGCGGAGACGCAGGGGAGGAGGCCGAGGAGAGGGGCUUCACGAAGGAAAGGAACGAAGUGUUGAUAUCGGAAAAGGUGGUGGAUGCGAGCAAGAGCACCUGGCACAUCUUCCCGGUGUCCAGCAGCAUCCAGCGGUUGCUGGACCAGGGCAAGAGCUCCCUGGACGUUCGGAUUGCCUGUGAGCAGUGCCACGAGACCGGCGCCAGCCUGGUGCUCCUGGGCAAGAAGAAGAAGAAGGAGGAGGAGGGGGAAGGGAAGAAGACCGGAGGAGACGGAGGGGCAGGGGGGGAGGAGGACAAGGAGCAGUCCCACAGACCUUUCCUCAUGCUGCAGGCCCGCCAGUCCGAAGACCACCCUCAUCGGCGACGGCGGCGGGGCUUGGAGUGCGACGGCAAGGUCAACAUCUGCUGUAAGAAACAGUUCUUCGUCAGUUUCAAGGACAUCGGCUGGAACGACUGGAUCAUCGCUCCCUCCGGCUAUCACGCCAACUACUGCGAGGGUGAGUGCCCGAGCCACAUAGCAGGCACGUCGGGGUCCUCGCUCUCCUUCCACUCGACGGUCAUCAACCACUACCGCAUGCGGGGGCACAGCCCCUUCGCCAACCUCAAGUCGUGCUGUGUGCCCACCAAGCUGAGACCCAUGUCCAUGCUGUACUAUGAUGAUGGGCAGAACAUCAUCAAGAAGGACAUUCAGAACAUGAUAGUGGAGGAGUGUGGGUGCUCAUAGAGCGCCCCGCCCAGGGGGGACGGGAGCCAGAGUUGUCCAGAGAAGACAGUGGCAAAAUGAAGAAAUGUUUAAGGUUUCUGAGU